UUCCCGAUCAAAAUGUCACUGCCUACCCGGAUAUCAGCUGUGUUUCGCUAAAAUUUGAAAAGUGUGGUUCGAAAUUUAUUUAUAAAAUAGUUUUACAAUACGUUUCCAAUGAUUUUGCGCUAAAGUUUAAAAAUGUUUUUGCGCUUCGCGGUGCUGUGUCUUGUUUUGUGUUUACAAAACGUGGCUAGUGAAUGGAAAAAACCCACGGUUCUCAUCGCUGUUUUGGCCCGAAACAAAGCUCAUACGUUACCUUAUUUUCUCACAACUUUGGAAAAUCUCGAUUAUCCCAAAAAUCGGAUUUCUUUGUGGAUAAGAAGCGACCACAAUAGUGAUAAAACGAUUGAAAUUUUGCGGAAAUGGAUCAAUGCGGUCAAGGAUGAAUAUCGUAUGAUUAGCACCGAAUUUGUGGAAGAGAAUGAAGGGUAUCCUGACGAAAGUGGACCUGCUCAUUGGACCCCGGAACGGUUUAACCAUGUUAUAGACUUGAGAGAGUCAUCUUUGAAUUUCGCCAGAAAAAUCUGGGCUGAUUAUUAUUGGACAAUCGAUUGCGACGUUUUUCUAACAAACCCUAAAACACUUGACAUACUAAUAUCAAAGGGCUACACUGUAGUGGCCCCCAUGCUGAAAUCCGACGGAUUGUAUUCAAAUUUCUGGUACGGAAUGACCGACGAUUACUAUUACCAAAGAACAGAAGACUAUAAGCCCGUAGUAAACCGCGAAAAUAUUGGUUGUUUUAACGUGCCAAUGGUCCACUCUUGCGUCCUCGUUGAUUUGAGGAGACAAGUCUCAGAUUUUCUAACUUAUGAUCCGGAUAAAGUGCCGAAUUUUGAUGGCCCUAUUGAUGAUAUUAUCACGUUUGCUAUCGGAGCAAACAGGAGCGGAAUCUCAUUAAAUUUAUGCAACGAUGAACGGUUUGGAUUUGUUAUGUUGCCCUUGGAACAAGACGCUAACUUAGCGAUUGAUUUUGAACAACUGACGAAUAUUAAGUUGGAGGUUCUGACUGAAGAGAAACCUCUAAACGUUAGCAAAUUGUUGGAGGCCUAUACGUGGCUUCCUGAAAAAGAUACUUUAGGGUUUGAUAAAAUUUUUAUGAUCAAUUUGCUGCGACGACCGGAAAGGAGGCAACGGAUGAGGUUCUGCUUUGACGAGCUGGGACUUCAAGUCACAAUCGUCGACGCGGUGGAUGGAAGGGCGCUGAAUGCGAGUAUUUUGCAGCAGAUAUCUCCUUUGCCCGAAUAUGCGGACCCUUAUCACAAAAGACCGAUGACACUCGGAGAAAUUGGGUGCUUUUUAAGUCAUUAUAACAUCUGGAAGGAUAUUGUUCGGAACGGAUAUGAGACCACUCUUGUUUUAGAGGAUGAUAUUAGAUUUGAAUCCUUUUUCCGAACUAAAGUGUUGAAUGUGAUGGACGAGGUAAAGCGUGUUUCCGGCUGGGAUUUGGUGUAUUUAGGCCGUAAAAGGUUGCAGGAAGACGAUGAACCGUGGGUGGAGGGGUCAAGUUUGUUAGUCGAGGCGGGUUAUUCCUACUGGACUUUAGGAUAUGUCCUUAGCCUGAACGGAGCCAAAAAACUUUUAAACGCUGAUCCUCUCUCCAGACUUGUGCCAGUUGACGAGUAUUUACCGAUAUUAUUUGAUAAGCAUCCACAGACGAGUUGGAAGGGUUAUUUCCCCAAGAGAAAUUUGGUUGCAUUAUCGGCCGCUCCCUUACUGGUCUAUCCCACGCACUAUACGGGAGAACAGGGCUAUAUUAGCGACACGGAGGACUCUGUUAUUAUCAAGGAAAAUGGACCACGAGCUCGCGACGAUCUUUGAUGCAGAUUUAUUUACGUGAAUGUUCCUACUAACUUGACCUCACAUUUUUCAUUAGGUGGCGACAGUGCAAUUUCUUAUUUAUGUGCCAUUUGUUAAUGCCAUUUAUUAUUACGAUAAGCUGCAAGUUGCUUAUAAAAGUGCCUUAUAACAAUAUUUUAUGUCAAAGAAUUUUAUAACACAAUAAAAUAAUAAUACCAA